AUGAAGAAGACGAAGCAGAUUCAUAUCUCUAAGCCUUUCGAUCUUCUCUCCGAUGAGCUCGUCUUCAUAAUCCUUGACCUCAUCGCUCAAAACCCUUCUGAUCUCAAAUCCUUCUCUCUCACCUGUAAAUGGUUUUACCAAGUCGAAGCCAAGCACCGGAAAUCCCUAAAACCUCUCCGUGCAGAGUAUAUCCCUCGAAUCUUAACACGGUACCGGAAUACCUCCGAUCUCGAUCUUACCUUCUGCUCACGCGUCACGGACUACGCGCUUAGCGUCGUUGGCUGCAUCUCCGGACCUACGCUCAAUUCCGUCGACCUAUCGCGUUCAGGCUCCUUCUCCGCCGCUGGGCUAAUGAGAUUGGCCGUGAAAUGUGUGAAUCUAGUGGAGAUUGACCUUUCGAACGCGACGGAGAUGAGAGACGCGGCUGCGGCGGUGGUAGCGGAGGCAAGGAGUUUGGAGCGGCUGAAGCUAGGGAGAUGUAAGAUGCUCACGGACAUGGGAAUCGGAUGUAUCGCUGUUGGAUGUAGAAAGCUGAAUAUGGUUAGCUUGAAAUGGUGUGUAGGCGUCGGAGAUUUAGGUGUUGGUUUGCUUGCCGUCAAAUGCAAAGACAUUCGGACCUUAGACCUCUCCUACUUGCCGAUCACAGGCAAGUGUUUACAUGAUGUUCUGAAACUUCAACACCUUGAAGAACUUCUUCUAGAAGGGUGCUUUGGAGUAGAUGAUGACAGUCUUAAAUCACUCAGACAUGAUUGCAAGUCAUUGAAGAAACUUGAUGCAUCGAGCUGCCAGAAUCUAACUCACAGAGGUUUAACCUCACUUUUGAGUGGGGCGGGAUAUCUUCAGCGACUUGAUCUAGCACAUUGUUCUUCUGUGAUAUCAUUGGAUUUUGCAAGUAGCUUAAAGAAGGUUUUAGCAUUACAGUCAAUCAAGUUGGAUGGCUGUUCUGUUACUUCUGAUGGUUUGAAGGCGAUAGGCACUUUGUGCAAUUCCCUGAAAGAGGUUAGCUUAAGCAAAUGCGUGAGCGUAACUGAUGAAGGUCUCUCUUCCCUAGUAAUGAAACUGAAAGACCUCAGAAAACUUGACAUCACAUGUUGCCGGAAACUAAGUGGAGUUUCAAUCAUCCAAAUCGCCAAUUCAUGUCCCUUACUAGUCUCUUUGAAGAUGGAGUCUUGUUCUCUUGUUUCCAGAGAAGCCUUUUGGUUGAUCGGACAGAAAUGUCGGCUACUUGAAGAGCUUGACUUAACUGACAACGAGAUUGAUGACGAAGGACUAAAAUCCAUAUCUAGUUGUCUUAGUCUCUCCUCGUUGAAGCUGGGAAUCUGUCUUAAUAUAACAGACAAGGGGAUCUCGUACAUUGGUAUGAGCUGCUCAAAUCUCCGUGAACUUGAUCUCUAUAGGUCAGUGGGAAUAACAGACAUAGGAAUCUCCUCGAUCGCCCAAGGCUGCUUACAUCUUGAAACAAUCAACAUAUCAUACUGCAAAGACAUCACAGACAAGUCCCUAGUUUCAUUGUCCAAAUGCUCACUGUUACAAACAUUUGAGAGCCGGGGAUGUCCUAACAUCACGUCCCAAGGACUUGCUGCCAUUGCUGUUCGGUGCAAGCGACUCGCCAAGCUCGACUUGAAAAAGUGCCCGUACAUCAAUGACUCCGGGUUGCUCACUCUCGCUCACUUCUCACAGAGUCUCAAACAGAUAAACUUGUCGGACACGGCGGUGACUGAUGUGGGACUUGUCUCCCUGGCCAACAUUGGAUGUUUACAGAACAUAGCGGUGGUGAACUCAAGCGGUUUAAGCCCGAGCGGAGUAGCAGCAGCGUUGCUGGGGUGUGGAGGAUUAAGGAAAGCGAAACUCCAUGCUUCCCUCAGGUCAUUACUUCCUCCGUCUCUUAUCCAACACUUAGAAGCUCGCGGUUGCGCCUUCCUCUGGAAAGACAAUACCCUUCAGGCGGAGCUAGAUCCCAAGUACUGGAAGCUACAGCUGGAAGAUGUUGUUCCUUAA